AUGGAUGAACGAGAAGUGAUCGUGGCGCUGGCGGAAGCUCUGGUUCAAGUGCGCGCACUUGACGCUGAGCCUCGAAUUCCGUUCACUACUGUCCACCGCGCCCUCGAAGACGUCGAACGCCUCAUCUUCCACCACAAGGAGCAGUUCGGCGUGCACUCGGUGCAUUUCCAGCAAGGCUGCGAGGAGUUUCUACUGCUGAGCAACACGCUCGCGAUGAAGGCUCUGCAGCGCUCGACGCCGGAGGAUAUCAUCACUUGUGAACAAUGCGGCGACCUGCUCCUUCGAGCAGAGCAGCACACUCGACACACGGGGUACCUGCGCAGUAUCCCUGAAGCACAACACACUAACCACCGGCGCGCGUUCCGCCUCAUCACGCUCAACAACCUCGCCUGUCACGCCAAGCACACGGGUAAGCCCAUCGCGGCGGUCAGCUUCCUCGAGCGAGCGUUGAAGCUGCAGAUCAAGUCUCAGGGCAAUGAUUCGAGCAUUCCGGACCACGAGAUCGCUCUUAAUCGACUCAACCUGUGUGCUGUGCUCUCGCAGCUCCACCGCCACGUUGCAGCCGCUGCACACGCCAAAGCGGCCGUGGCGUUGCUGUCAACCACUGAAGGAGACAGCGAGAAUCUAAGCGCCGAAGUCUCUCAGUUACUGCUGGUGGCCCACUACAACUUCGCAGUGGAGCUGGAGCAUCUGAGCGACCACGACGCAGCAUGGCGGCAGUACGAGCUCGUGGUCACUGUAGCUGAACGCUACCAGCUCCAGAGCGACCUCAUCGACAGCGUGCGAGCCAUCCUAGCCCAAGGGUCUCUGAGACCCAGCAGUAAAUCGCCUCCAAGAGCUCGAACGCCACGAGAACUUUACAAACCGCAGCGAAGACCUCAGUCCCCCAAGACAUUACGCCUCGCUCAAGCAUGA